AAGAAGCAUCUCUCUCUCCAUAACCCAUUAGCAGACACUGAUGUAGUGUGUUGCACCCAACUGCUUGACUUCUUCAGGAAAUCAAACACCCCUCCAGAGCAAAUGCACUCACUGGCCCUUGAGACAAUCAAUGACAACUAUCCUGGAGAUCAAUGGCUCCAAGUCUUCACUGAUGGGUCAUACAUAAAAAACCUAGCAAACGUUGGUGCAGGUGUCUAUUCUGAACUCUUCUCUUUCUACGCAGCAGCGGGACAUAAUAGAUCCGCUUUUGAAGGAGAAAUAGAGGCUAUUAGGAUAGUACUAUGCCAAUUGCGUUGCCUGGAUACGAAAUUCACCAAAGCGGUGAUACUUUCGGACUCACAGUCAGCAAUAGACUCUAUUGGAAACAGAAAGACACCCAAAACAGCUGAGAUAAAGGAAUGUAGGAAACUCUAUGAGCUGCUGAGAGAGAAAAACAAAACAGUGGUCCUACAAUGGAUUCCUGGUCACUGUGGGAUUAAAGGCAAUGAGCUUGCUGACACACUUGCUAAGAAAAGGGGACAACGAUUUUGCAAUACUACGUACCGGACACGAUUGCUUGGCAAAACACCUUCACAGAUUGGGAGUAUACACUCAACCCACAUGCCCUCUAUGUAA